CUCAGUAAAGGCGGCGAGGCCCGCCUCCCAGUUCGGAAGGAGGCGUGGGCAUGUAGCCUGCUGGGGACUUAGCAGCUGGGGGCUGGCGCCUCUUCCAAGGCGCCCCGUGGGCUCCGUGGGGGUACUGCCCGGCGCAGCGCUGAUGGCCCUGCUCCCGCGGCCCGCGCUCGCUCUCCUGCUACUCCUCGUCCUGCCCGCAGCUCUCAGGUGCCAGGAGCAGGCCCAGACCACCGACUGGAGGGCCACCCUGAAGACCAUCCGGAACGGCGUUCACAAAAUAGACACGUACCUGAACGCCGCCUUGGACCUCCUGGGAGGCGAGGACGGGCUCUGCCAGUAUAAGUGCAGUGACGGAUCUAAGCCUUUCCCACGUUAUGGGUAUAAACCCUCCCCGCCUAAUGGAUGUGGCUCUCCACUGUUUGGUGUUCACCUCAAUAUUGGCAUCCCUUCCCUGACAAAGUGCUGCAACCAGCACGACAGGUGCUACGAGACCUGUGGCAAAAGCAAGAAUGACUGUGAUGAGGAAUUCCAGUAUUGCCUCUCUAAGAUCUGCCGGAACGUGCAGAAGACACUCGGGCUGGCUCAGCAUGUUCAGGGUGUGGAGGAAAACAUGACCGAAACAGAUGCCUUCUAUAUGAGUGAAACAUUUGAUCCGGCAGAAAAGUACAAAAUGGACCACAAGAGGAGAGGAAUCGCUUUAAUCUUCAAUCAUGAGAGGUUCUCCUGGCGUUUAACACUGCCAGAAAGGCGGGGCACCAGCGCAGACAGAGACAAUCUUAGGCGCAGGUUUUCAGAGCUAGGAUUUGAAGUGAAAUGCUUUAAUGAUCUGAAAGCAGAGGAGCUCCUGCUCACAAUCCAUGAGGCAUCAUCUUCUAGCCACAUAGAUGCCGAUUGCUUUUUAUGUGUUUUCCUGAGUCAUGGCGAGGGCAGUCACAUUUAUGCACAAGAUACCAAGAUUGAAAUUCAGACUUUGACUGGCUUAUUCAAAGGAGACAAAUGUCAGAGCCUAGUUGGAAAACCCAAGAUAUUUAUUAUUCAGGCAUGUCGGGGAGACCAGCAUGAUGUGCCAGUCAUUCCUCUGGACGUAGUGGAUCAUCAAAAAAACAUGCUGGAUGUCAACAUAACCCAGGUGGAUGCGGCCUCAGUUUCCACACUGCCUGCUGGAGCAGACUUUCUCAUGUGUUACUCAGUUGCAGAAGGUUAUUAUUCUCAUCGGGAAACUGUGAAUGGCUCAUGGUACAUUCAGGAUUUGUGUGAGAUGCUGGGAAAAUUUGGCUCCUCCUUAGAGUUCACAGAGCUCCUCACCCUGGUGAACAGGAAAGUUUCUCAGCGCCGAGUGGACUUUUGCAAAGACCCAACUGCAAUUGGAAAGAAGCAGGUUCCCUGCUUUGCCUCAAUGCUUACUAAGAAGCUGUAUUUCUUUCCAAAAUCCAAAUGAUAGGAAUAAUUGUGUUUUAUAUGUAUCUUGUCUAUAUUCAAAACAGAUUUUUUUGUCCUUUUAUAUAAAUAUCACUAAGGUGGAAGCUUAUGGUAUAGCAGUUUAAAAUGUUUUAAGGUUUAAUGAGAAAAUAGUUCAUGUUGGUAUUAGACAUGCUGAUAUUAGAUGAAAGGGUUUGAUAUAUAUGAAAUGAAAUCCUCAGGGAAUUACUAUAAAUAAAAAUACACAAACAUUUGUAAUACUUGAUUUUUAUAGUAAAUCUCAAGCUUACUCAAAAAUAUCUGGAAGAUUUAAAUUUGUAUUCUGUGUUUUUAUAAAAGUUUUAUCAUGUUUUUAAAGGUUUUUGAAACCCAGAAACUAGUUGUUUCCCCUUAAUAAAAUAUUUGAAAUCCA